UACCGUAGUAGAAAAAUCAGAUCAAGGGAUUCAACACACCAAGGCAGCUCAAAUAAAUCAGUAAUAUCAUAGAUUCAAGGGUCAACAGGGCCUGCAAGAACAAUUCUUCUAUCAUGGUUGACAACAUUGUCUCAAAGCCUCUUGGGUUAGUUUUGAUCGUAACAGCUCACAUGGUUUUCAACAGCCCCAGCCGGGCGGAGGUCUCUAUGACCCUCGGCUCCACCAUCACCUUUGAAUUCACAUUUAACAUCAGUGUGACAAAAGAUGUUGCAGUUUACACAAACCAGACAAAGAUUGCUCAGUUUUUCAACGGCAAAAGUUCUUCAGAUGAAGGCGAUUUUGACGUCCAGCUUAAAAAUACUUCUGUGAUUUUCCGCAUUACAAAUCUUAAACUUAAUCACAGUGGAAUUUACUCGGCCAGUUUGUUCAAGGACUCAAGACCCGCCAUAGAAAGUAAUAAUAAGGUGCAGCUGAUCGUCCGUGAGGGGAACAGAACCAGCACAGUUACUCCAAUGCCGAAUAACAUCAAAGAAUAUGACAGUGGAAGUCCCAGUUUCUUUUCCUCUCACAUCGUCACUCUCCUUGUGGUUCCACUUGUAGUGCUGUUGGCUACAGUACUUCCCUUAUUGAUCUGGUGUCUCGUGAGAACCAAAGACAAACAACCACCACCUCAACAACAAGGCUCUAAUCCCACAGUACAAGAAACAGUUGAUUCGUCCAACAAUGUGCCCACACCCCCACUGGUCUACAGCGUCCUGGACUUUCCCAAAAGACCUCCGGCAGUUUUGGAGAUUAAUCCAAAUGAUACAGAGUAUGCUGCUGUCAGCUAUCUCCCAGAAAAGAGAAAAAUGUAACAUGCAGCUGAAUGUAAACCAGCUGGUCUCUCUUGGUUUGGGUAAAGGUAUGCAAGAUGACUUAUAUAUACUUCUAAAAAUAUAUUUUGUAGUUAGUGGGAUAAAUGCUUUUGAAUGAUGAAUACUCACAGCAUGAAGACUGUUUGCAAUAAUUUCCAAGCUAAAGAGUCUGAUAGGGAAGAGUCACUGUUCUGCUUUGGUCGUGUGUAAGUAGGUGUCACUCUUAUUUCGGUGGUCGUGAGAUUGCAAUGUUGACAGUUGCUGCGGCAAACCACAAGCCAGCACUCAUAAUGUUACAAUAACAAACCAACAUUUUAAAUUUGGUUUAGUUUAUGUUUGUUCUUUAUUUGUCUCAGGGUCAUCUGUCCACUAAACUCUUAAAGGAAAAGUCUGUUUUGAUUUUUUUGUUUUCUUUGACCAAUGCCAUAAAAAGACCAAACCAAUGACUUCCUCUUUCCUGUGAAGUCAAAGUGUGAUACAUCUUACUCCUCCGUGGCAUUGACCUCCAUUGAUGUCCCAAAACCAUUAAAAACACACCAGGCAGCCUCACCAUUGCACUGGGUGACAUGUUUCUUAAAUUAAUGAACAGUGGAACUGUAGUUUAUUAUGAGUCCCACACAUAAAAUCCUGCACCUGUAAAUACUCACUCACCACCAAAUGUGGAAUAAUGCGCCACUUAAAAUAGUCCGGAAUAAAAACAAAAGUGACAUUUAUGACUUGUUUAUUAAUAUUCAUAUCUUCAACAUAGAGGUGUUAAAUCUUAAGGAGCUCCCUUUGGGUUUCAGGUUGAGUAAUUUUUAUCUUUUCUGACAAUGAUUUGUUUUUCAUCGUAAAAGUUCAUCACAGUUAGACUCAUUGUUUCCACUGUUAAAAUACACAGAAUUAAGAAUAAUUUGUGAAAUCAAACAGUCCCUAGGAAAUGGUGAGUAGUUGUUUAAAGAUAUCAGCUCAAGAGUACUGUAUAUUCACAGAAGUUAUUUUCCAUUUACUGUAUGUGACAGUUUGAGACUGUCACAGCGAUUUAACACAUACGAUAACUAUCUGACACUAUCUCACUGCCAUUUGCCACUGCGUGGUUUCUGAAGUUCUCUUUUGAGAGGUGCUUAAUGAUGUUUUGAUAGAUUUAUGUUCUCAAAUCCACAUGUUGAUGUCUUUAAUGCAUGAUAUUCAUGUAAUUCAUGUAUUAAGCUCAUCCAACAUAUCUGUUCACAAGAAUCAGACAUGCUGAUUUAUUAUGUUGGUUGUUAUUCAGGAAAGAAAAUAACCAGCUCACCUGGUAAAUGGUGUCAUGUUUUUUGAAUAAGUGGCCACAAUGGCACGCAAUCAAACACAGACUGAAAGUUCUUCUCUGCUCAGAAAACAUUGUUGGUAAAAUACCAAAAGGGCAUCUUGAAUGUACCAAGUUGUCCUGACAGCAGGUGUUAUUAUUUCAAACUACUGAACUGUUUCUUCUUGAAAUGCAGAAAUGAAUG